UCUUGUACCCACACGGAUCCAAACGGACUCAGCGGAUGAAAUGCGUAAUUGGAGUUGCCCUGACUCCUUGAGAUCCGGACCAAUGGAAGGUCGCAUCCAACGUCUGAUGACGCCCCGACAACAAAGUCGUCGCCUGGUCUCCUCCGCCGCUCCCGCCACUCUCCUGCUCCUACUCCUCGCCGGCGCCGCCGACGCCGUGCCACCGCUAGUCGGAGUUUCUCCCCAGGACGAGGCGUACUUCGCGCCGCAGGUGAUUGCCUGCAGGGACGGCUCGGGCUCCUUCCCCAGGAGCCGGCUCAACGAUGGAUACUGCGAUUGCACCGAUGGAACCGACGAGCCAGGCACUUCGGCUUGCCCAGAAGGCAAAUUUUAUUGUACAAACAUUGGAGAUCUUCCUCGUAUCUUGUUCUCUUCGUUUGUGAAUGAUAACAUUUGCGAUUGCUGUGAUGGAAGUGAUGAGUAUGAAAGUGGCAUCCAUUGUCCGAACACAUGUAAAAAGAGACAUGAUGCUGCCGAGACAGACAAUGGUGUUAGUGAGCUGUCAGUCGCACAUUUAGGUGGAACAGACAUAAUUUCUAGUAAACAUACACUUGACAUAGAAGAUCUUAUCCAGAAGCUAAGAGGAUUAAGAAUGGCUGCAGUUAUUGAACUGGGUCUUGUUGUAUGUAUUUUUGUUUUCUACUUUGCUCGACGGAGCACUCGGGCACGGAGGAGACAAUAUAUUUUGAAACGUUAGAAAAGUUUUAAGCUUCUAGGGCUGAUCGAGAAUUGGAGAUGGGAAGGUCAGGCAUCCACAAGGUUUCUACGAGUAACUAGCCUACACAUCUGCUGUUAAAAAGAAACUAGGCCAGGACAGUCGUGAUUUAUCCAUGCAAUAUUUUCUGUCCGACCUUCCUGCCGGUAACGCCAGUUCAGUGCUUGUGUGUAUAUUAACUUACUAUUGUGUUCGUGUGUUGUUGGCGAUGGCAUCCAUAGGGUGGCUGUGGUGCUGUUCGCGGUAAGAGCAUGGUUAACAAUACAACCAACAAUCGGUUAUAAGGAGUUGCCAUGUACAUCAGUAAAUUUUAAAUAUGUACUACUUUAUUAAUAAUAGUUGGCCUACUUUACAACCUCA